UAACCAGGGUGUGAUCUGCAGUUGCCACAGUUCCGCUCGGUGCAAGAGGAAGACAUCUUCCAGCUGAAAGACUGCCGCCCCGUCACGCCCUCCUCCGCCCUCUUUCCUCUGGCAAAGACCCCACAGUGCGAUCACAUCAGCCCUGGCAUGCUGGCGUCCCUGGACAGGAAAGACCAGGACAAGCACGUCUUCCAUCUGCAAAAGAACCUCAAGCAGCAGACCUGGAACAACGUGAAAAGGAAGUCGGGUGGGCCCAGCUUCAGUACGCCGACCUCUCGAAGAGCGAAGAUCUUUACCUUUGAUGAAGCAGCCCCAGCCCAGGUGAACGCGAGGCCGCUUUUCCCCGCUGAGAGAGGAGUCCCGUCUGACGAAGAAGAGGACGAUGACUUGUAUUUCUCCACGUAGCUCUGACCUCCUGCGCCUUCUCGUGCCUGGAACUCUUCUUCCUGAUCCUAGUCAGGCAAUUUAGGGUGUUUUUUUUCACUUCUCUUCAAUGAAUUAUGCAGUCUGGGCCUGGCUUCCUUUCUUGAACUUUGUCUUGAGUUGUCUUCAGUUGCAGCCCAGUUCAAAUUUUGGGUAUGAAAGGGUACCAAAUAUAAGGGGAGGGUGUGUGUGCGCGUUUGACUGUGUCCCCUGAACCCCUGUUUAUUGUCCCCUUUGAUGUGGCCGCUCCCCUCCAGGAGGGGACAGAGAAGCAGCAACAGGGGACAGCUGUGUGUUUUUUUUAAGCAAAAUAACAUUUUAAAAAUGGUUGUACAAUAAACCUCCUCAAGCAGUUUGUAAUACCAACAGACUUUUUAAAAAACAAAUCAACAAUGGUUGUAUGUCUUUAUAUUAAAUUUUGAUUGGCUGGUG